AUGGGCACUCGUCUCAUGACACCGGAGGCUGCUCGUCGUAUCGCGAGGGCAAACCCUGGAUCAGAAUUCGCGAGAAGAUCUGCUCGAGCGAGUCACAGUAACAGCCAACGCGACGCUCAAUCUCAGGCUGCACGGCAUAGGGAGCUGCAAAUUCAGAAUCGGGAGGGUGGAGCAGCGAGCGGUCAUGGACAUACUCAGGCAGAUCAAGCCUCUACACACAUGGCACAAGAGCAAGCAGCUGGGAGGGCCAAUGCCCCUAUUGCACCUCGGACAACCUUUGUGCUCGUCAUGCAAACAGGUGUACCUGGUAGCUAG